AUGAAAAAGGAUUAGAAAGGAGAAAAAUUUAGAAACAAGGCUUUGUAAUAAAUAAAAUAUGUGAAUCAACUAGUUUUAGAUUAGUUUCAAUAAAUUUAUGUAGAAUCAGACAUAGAAUCAGUGGAUAUCUAAUUAUUAGAUGACUUUGAAAAAAUGGGACAUUAAGAGCCUAAUGAAGAGGGAACUGGAAGAAUUUCAAUAAAAAAGAAUUUCGAUACUAUUGGUAUAGUUAAUUUAAGUCUUGAAAAAUAAUUAAAUAUCAAUGAUAUUAAAUAAUGGAUCAAUACAUAUCUAAGAUUGAGAACAACAGUUAUCAAUUUAAAUUUAGCAUUAUAUUAUGAUAAAUAAUAAUUUUAUAUUGAAGAUUUGAAAUAAAAAAAAAAGUAUAAAUUGAAAAAAAAUAAAUUGGAACAUAUAGAUGCAUUUAGUAUUUUCGAUGUAUUAAUAAAAAUAAAACCAAAACAUAUUUGUUCUUUAAUUGCUAUAAUAGAUUAAAACAUCUUCGAUCCAUUAUAACCUGAAUCAAAUAUUAUAGGAAGAGCUUGUGGUGAUGGUGUUUGUGUAGUAUAAUUUUAGGAAAAUCAAAAAGUAUUUUAUGGUACAAUCGUUCAUGAAUUAAUGCAUACACUUGGUUUUGAUCAUUGCUAUUUAUGGAAUUGCUUAAUGAAUGAAGAUGUUGAUUCUAGUAGUUUACAUUUAUGUGUUAAUGAUUUAGAAAAGCUCUCUAUGAUUAAGAAUUUCAAUAAUGUUAAGCGAUAUAAAUCUUUGUUUAGUUUCUAUAAGAAGAUGGGAUUUUAGGAGGAAUGUAAAUGGAUUUAAAAUAUGAUAGAGAUUCUUGAAUAAUGA